AUGGGGCCACCACCUGCGCACGAGGACGGCACCGACUCGGAGGCCCCGCUGCCGCCGCCACCGCCCCCUCCCCCUCCUCCCCAGGUGCGGCCGGAAGACGAGCUCAAGAAGAAGCGCCCGCAGUCGCAGUCCCAGCCGCAGCCGCUCAAGCCCAAGCAGAAGAAGAAGGACUUCCGCGAGAUUCUGGCGCUCUUCCACGACGAGAGCGCGGACGCGGCGCGCGUCAAGCGCGUGUGGGGCGCGCUCUGGCAGACGACGCUGACGGAGGCGCAGGAGGAGCACAAGCGGCGCCGGCAGCAGGAGCAGCACGGGCUCAAGCGCAAGAAGGACGAGCUGGGCGGGCCCAUGUCGGUCCGCGGCUCGCUCUCGCGCCACGGCAGCCUCACGCAGGACCACCUCAAGCGCGCACGACAGGUGCGGGCCUUUUGGUUGUUGUGGCUGCAGUCUUUUGGGUGCAUUUGCUGA